CAACGCUGUCUGUGUAUCCAGCGACAAAAUUUUAAUCAACCUUCACAACCGCGCCGUAUUCCCCGUAUUGAUAGUAGUAAAAUGGUGUUAGAUUCGGUACGGUAAGUCGUGGAGGUGUAAAAUUAUGAUAAACAUCAGCUGGUUGAUUAAUAGUGAGUUAUAGUUAGUAAAUUAUUUGUGAAGUUCUUCAAUUUGACGAAAUCACAUGGAUAUAAAACACAGUUGUAUUCAAGCAGUUUAUUUACAAAAGAUUCGCUUUGGUGCUCUUUGGUGUCCAUGAUUUCAGCGGGCGUGGAAGGAAGGUUGCCUCUUUACAUGACGUAUCCAGAGCCUUGGAGAGGACCUCUGAAACAACCGCCGGAGUUGUUUCUUAGGCCGGCUCCAAAACCCCUUCCUGCAACAACAAGGUACAAUGGAAUCAAUACAACAACGUACCCCAAUGGCACUAGACUAGCUCCGCCGCCGCGACAAGUUGGUAAAUACCCAUCUUCACCGACUAUUUCGAAUCCUGUAAAUUUAGUACAACCCAAAGAAGACGCGACAGAAGAAAUGACACCGUACAGUGCUUACAGAAUAUUUCCACCCACGCAAUAUCAUUUUCCAUAUUCCUUGUGCCAACCUACGAAUCUACCUACUUAUUUAAUGAGGACUAGUUAUCCACCCACUCCUUUAUCACCGAUAGAAACGUUCUCCUCAUCAUCAAGUCCUAUAAUUACUUCAACGUUUCGUUCUCCUCCAGAUUCUCUUAGCCCGCCUAGUUUAAAAAAUCCACACAUCUUCAUGGAUAAAAAGCCUUCUUUGAUAACCCAAACUAUUACUGUCCAGAGCCAUAUUUCCCAAAACCCGUCCUUCAAGGUUCCCGGUAAAGAAGGUUCUCUUAAGCAUAGAAUAUUGAUAAGGCCAGAAGAUAAUAACAAACCUAGUCACUUAGAUAUUCAAAAACCUUUCGAAGCUAGUAGAAAAAGGCUGCAGGCUUCUGUCUCCCCGCCUAGAUCACCGAGAAAAUCGGUGAAUAACAAUAAUAAUACGUUACCUCUGAAUUUUACUAAAGGUUCUUUGAUACAAUUACACAGCGGUGAACUGAGGAGGAUAGAAGAGAUGCGCACAGAGGAUUUUAUUGUGUCGGCUGAACGGAGUCCGGAAUUGCGAUUGGCUCAGAGUACGGUCGUGAGAAUUGAGGAAAAUCAGCACAUGGGGAACGCAACGAUUACACUUUCAUACAACAAUAGGCGUGCCCAGGCUGAUGUAGAAUCAUCACUGGAACAUCCAUAUUUCGUAGUAGGUCAAGGAUGGACGUCUUGUUGUCCGGAACGUACCCAACAGCUGUGCGGUUUAAAAGUUCAUCAACUACAAGUCGGCGACGUUCUUAUAUCUGUAACUCCUAGGGAACCCAUACCGAAUUCUUCCAGAGCAAACGCGACAAUCAUGACAACAUCCACUAGAACAUCUAUGACAGCUAAACAACAGCAUCCUAUGUGUACGGUUACGGAAACACAAAUGGCAGAUACGAAGACGUCAAUUCAAACUCAACCAAUAAAUUUACAUCUAUCUUCUAAUUAUCCUCAUCAAUCCAUAUCACCUGAUAGCAUAGCCGCGAGAAAAAGAAGAUGGUCGGCACCGGAUCAAAUAUGUGAUGAACAAAACGACGGCAGAAGAAAGCGUAAUGAAUAAUUUUUCUAUAUAGUGAUAUAAAUUGCGUUUUAAAUUAAUUUCGUAGUAUAUUGCUCUAAAAAAUUAACUGUCGCUUUGCCUUUCGGAUGGAGCAAUAACUUUAUAUAUAUAUAAAAAAAAAAAAAAGAAUCAUUUAUAAAUAUAUUUUGUAAAUUGUUUUUAAUUGUAAAAUUUAAAUACGUUCUGUUAUGAUGUGUAAAUUUGUAAAUAAGAAUCUAGUAUUGUUCCAUCUUUAUCAAAGUUUAAUUCCUUAAAAAUUGGUGCAUAUAAAAAAUUAUAUAGAGUAAAUUUAUUUUUCAUGACAAUAUAAUUAAAUAAAUAAAUAGUCCUAGAGCCAUCAAGGUUUGCGAUUUAUUUUCACGAACGCGCGGAGUUCGCACUGGAGCGCUUAGAUAACUAUAGGCAUUACAAGUGGUACUUGUAAGUCAAGUCAAUAAAAAUAAGCAAUCCAAAAAAAGGGGAGAAGUGAAAAUCAAAAUUGUACGAUAAAAUUCAAAUAGGGGAAGGGGGGAUUGAUUGUAUAAAAACAUUUUCGACAAAAAAAUAUUUUAAAUGUAAAGAUAUUUAAAAAACAAAUUUUUUACUGAUUUUUAACUUUAAAAAUUUCCAAUUUUUAUAUAAAAAUCCUAAUUUUCUCGUAUUUGGGGGGGUUUUGGGGGUAUCACCAAAUAACAUUUUUUUCUUAAAAUAAUUUACUCAAUAACAUGCCAUAAUUUUUUUUUAAAUCCCAAUAUUUUUUUUUAAAAGAGGGGAAACAAAAAAAUCUAAGGGAAUCAAAAGCGUUAUAGUCUAAAGUAUAUUUUAUUUUUUUUAAUAUAAAAUAUAAGGCAAUAUAAAAAAGGGGGAAUCAAAAUAUACAUUUUUGUAUUUAUCUUGAAAAUAUCUACCAAAAUUACUUAAAAACAUUUUUCAUAUUUCUUAAAAUUGUCAGUAAAAUUAAUAUUUUUUUAAUUUUUGGGGAAAAUUGAGGCAACGUUAUAUACCUUAAAAUGUUCAGAAUUCAAUAUCCUAUAUGUUACAUUAAAAAUAUCAAGUUUACUCUUGGAGGAUUAUUAGAAAGGGGGGAUGUAGUGAACACCUUCAACACUCCCAAAUACCCUACCAAAAGAAUUUUAUCUGAAAUUAAUGUUUAGAUUAUUCUUGUUUUCAAAAAAUUGAGGGGGAGGAGAGAAAAUUUUGGUCCCAUAAAGUACCCACACAAUAAUAUUUCUUCAAUUCUAUUCCUAAGUCACUCUUGGCGACUUUUAAAAAAAGUAAGGGGGGAUGUAAUGAAUCUCAAUAUGCCAAAAUUUUAUUUUGAGUCUACUCUUGACCAUUUUUUGAAGGGUGGAAGGUCUGACUCGACUCGAACUUUGGUCCCAUACAUUAUGCGCACAAUAUAAAUGUGAAAUUUUCAUUUUGAGGGUGGAAGUGAUUUUUUUUCAUAACUUUCGAUCCUAGAUCCAUCUAGAUGACCUAUAAGCGCUCUAGUUUGAACGUCGCGUUUUCGUGAAACCAUUAAUAAUAAAUUCAGUUAUAAGAAAGUGUCAAAUCUUCUUUUCGGCUCUAGGACUGUGAUGAGACGAAUCAGAAAAUAAUGAGAGAUACGUAAUCGUGCUUAUUUUAAAAUUGAGAACUGGAGUAUUAUGAAGAGUGAUAUAGUUUUAUAUGAUUGAUGGUUUUGUUAUAUCUGUUUAAAAGAACGAGUAGAUCUCAAGAGUGGGUCGUGUGAUAUAGGUCUGCUUUUUGCAAUAUUAUGUUAAUUAUGCACGAACUGAUUUUUUUUUAACUCCCUUAAUUAAAUUUUGAUUAUUAUUAUUAUUAUUAUUAUUAUAUGUUAUUUUAUAAUUAGUAUUAUAAGUUUCUGUAUGUGAAAAUACGCAGAAAACUUAUUUGGAUCUAGCAUUUGUUACUUAUAAUUUUUAUGUACGCUAAUCCUAAAUUUGUUUUUCCAUGUGAAAUCUUGGCUGUGAUACAGUAAAGUAUAUGUGGAAUGUGGUUACUUCCCUCCAUGUCUUAGUGUUUAAGUUCUCACGGUGAAAAUGCAGAAGGAAUUACCGUCAAAUGAUUUUCGUUUUAUACAAGGUUUCAUACUAGUGUGUAAAUGUUCAAUUUACUCCCAAAUACUUUUGUUUUCUGUGAAAGUGGAGGGGGGAAGUUAUGGUACCAAAGCGGUGGACUUUAUUUAUUCAAUUUUAUUUUGAGUCCACUUUUUUUGGGGGAAGGGAAGGAAUUAGAUCCAAAAUGGGUCUGAUUGGCUUCCUUACAUCCCCCCCAUAAAUAAAAUUUUCAUAUACAGCGUUAAAGAAUAUUAAUAGACAAAAUGAAAUAUAUUGAACAAUUACGCACUAAUGAGAUGAUACACCCUGUAUAAAUUAUUGUUAUUUCAUGCAUUUGAAAAUUUCUUUUGCUUAGGCAUUCGUGAAAGUAAAUUUUCAAAUACCACUGGUUAAUUUAAUUAAAAUAUGUAUUAUUGCAUGUUAUAAAUUUGUUUUUUAAAUUUUGGUUUUCAACACGUCUGCUGCGUGCCGCAUUUUGUGUGUGCUUAGUUAAAAUAGAAGACUUUAUUAUUUACGGUAUUGGCCAACGAAUACCUUCAAAAUUUAUUUUUUUUAAAUCAUAUUUGUAAGUAAUCGAUUUUUUAAAUAAUUGACUUUUUUAAUUGAUUUUUUUUUAAUCGUUUUUUAAUCGAUCUUUUUUAAUGAAUCGAUUUUUUAAAUUGACUUUUUUGAUCGAUUUUUUUUAAUAAUCGAUUUCUUUUAACUAAUCGAUUUCUUUUAAAUAUUCGAUUUCUUUUAAAUAAUCGAUUUUUUUAAAUAAUCGAUUUUUUUUAAAUAUUCGAUUUCUUUUAAAUAAUCGAUUUUUUUAUUAAAUAAACGACAUUUUUAAAUCGAUUUUUGUUAUUAGAAGGUAAUUCGUUGGCCGAUAACAUAAAUGUAGAAUUUUAAAAAUGUAUAUGCUGCAAAAACGUGGGUACAUGUCAAACUACAAAAAAAAUGUACCUAUUAAAAUGCCAUUCUUAUACAUCAUUCCUGUGAUAAUGCGUAGUUUUUAAAAGUGAAAUAACUAUUUGAAAAUUUUCUUCUACAUUCUGUUAGGGAAAGUGUAGAUUUUUAUUCGUAACUUAUUAGAAAUUGUUAAAACAAUAAAAAAAAAUGUUCGACUGGAGCUUCAUUACAUCCCCCCCUUUUUUUUCAAAAUUCGAUUUUCUUUAUAAAAAAUCGAAUUUUGAAAAAAGGGGGAUGUAAUAAAGUUCCAGUCGAACAUUAACUUUCGUUUCUCCAUGCAACCAUAUUUAAAAAUAUAUAGCAAAUUUCUCGGUUUCAUUAUUAACUACAAAUGUAAAAUAUGGUUGUUAUUGUUAAGGUAAAAUUUUAUUUUUGGCUUUAUUUAAAGUAUAUUAAAAUAAACUUUUUUAUUAGAACGAACAUUACAAAAAUUAUAGUAUAAAGUAUAUUUUUUAUAAACUCAAGCACAUGUUUUAUCUCGAUAUAAAAUAUUUUUGAUGAGGAAGAUUGGUGUAUUUUUUAACUUUUUUGUUAUUUAAAUUGAUUAUUCUAAUAAAAAAAGUCAAUCUCUUCUCAGAAUCUGAAUGAUAAACCUCUCAAUUUUUUAUAACCUGGGUGAUACAAUAGGUAAUCAGAAAAAUAUAUAAAUCCAGAAAAGUACAAAAUUCUCAACAUCUGUAGGGAACUCGUAUUUAAUACUCUCUUGCAGCAGUUUGUCCUAUGUUCCUAUUAAACGUGUAAUACCAUUAUUUCUACUGCCCCACGUUGAAAGCGCCAAAAUUUAUAACAAGGGUUUAUGCCCCACGUUGUGCGCCAAAAUUUUUUACGAGGGUGUUUAAGUGAUUAAAGCUCUUUAAAAAGGUUCGUGGAUACUCAGAUAUAACUCUAUUUAAAAAAUGGACGCUACCGUAUUUUCAUGAAUUACUUUUAUACGUAGGGAUAUGCUGAUUUAAAUACGGUGGCGUCCAUUUUCUAAUUAACUAACAUUUCCACUCUAUUUUCUUUAAUUGUAUAACUCUAAUAUAUUCUAGAACAUGAUGUUUUGUACCACCUGGGUUAUAGAUAUUAUUUUUUUUGCAUCCCCGUACGGUGAGUGUCUAAGCCAGACGAGUUAAGACUAUGAAGUGCCUUUUUCAAUGAAGGGUAAUGUUUCUCCUUCGAAAAAAUAUAUAAAUGAAGGAUUCAAAUUUCUAAAUAACGGAUGUUAUGUACAAAUAAUAUAUAAAUAUAUUAUUUUACAAAAUAAUGUACAGUGUGCCAUGUUGUAAAGCAGUCGAAACCAAU